AUGCCCACGUGGACGAGGACACCCUGGUGGACCGGCCCGCCCGGGGACGUCCCCACCAGCUCCUUGAUAAUAUCCGACGGUUUAAGCGAUGUCCACAAGAACGAAACGACGGAUCCGGAAAUGCUCGUUAUCGCGAGUUUCGAUUGGUUCCGGCAGCAAGGCGAAGACCAGGCCCCGUUUCGGCGAGCCUUGGAAGAACUGCGAAUUGCUGAUGUGUCGGUAUCCUCCUGGGAGCUCCUUUCUUCAAGGCGUUCUGUCAAGCUCUCUCCCGAGGAGGUUGACAGCUUUGCCGAUGCGCUUCGCAUCUAUCCCACCAAGGGCCAGGUCGUCGAGUACAACCACCACCACAUGCUUGGCCUAGACAGCCCCGCCAUUCAGGUCGAGGCAAAGCACGAUGGUGUUGGUGUGGAGAAGGUUGAAUCCUCAAAUGCCGGCAACUUGGCCAAGCGCUUGCCCUUGUGUGUUGGUUGCAGGGUGAUGCUGACGCGGAAUUUGUGGGCCGGAAGCCCGGGCUCGUUAACGGCGCACAGGGGACAGUCUACGACAUAUCCUGGAAAGAAGGUGCCGACAUGCUGCGAGACCCGCCCGAGGUCAUCAUGGUGGCCUUCGAUGACUACGACGGCCCGGCCUUCACGAUGCCGAACGGGGAGCCGCUCCGUAGUGGAGAGAAGCUGGCUGUUCCCCAUCCUCCGAGUGCGGCAGGACUUCAAGGGCGCCAACUCAUGUUCGAGAGAACAGUUCUCACUGUGGGUCAGCUAUGCGAUCACCGUCCACAAGUCACAGGGCAUCAUCCUGGACAAAGUCGUCUGCGAUAUCUCUGCGCCAGAGUUUGCUUCUAGCCUCUCCUACGUGGCCGUCUCACGGGUGAAGACACUCGGCGGGCUGAUGUUUGAGCGGCCCUUCGACCGCAGCAGCAUCUACCGCGAGACACCAUCACGAGCUAUGGGGUUGAAGUUGUCCGAUCACGCUACCAGGCAACUGCAGGCGUUAGAUGCUGUGGCGGGGGAGGCUCCCUCAGAGGAGUCUAAUUGA